ACAAAGCGCGGGAAAAAAAUUUUCAUAUCGAUUCGCGCCAACGAAGCCCUAAUCACAUUCCUCAGCUGUUCACUCCCCCUCUCUCUCUCUCCCUCUCUGAUUUCAUCUUGCAGCAAGUCUAAUUUCAGAUCUGAAUCCAUCAAGUCUCUCGUUUCUACACUAUUCGAAAGCCAUACUCGAAGCCUACUCUAAACUCUGACGUUCACUCAAAUUGGACAUGGAAGACCUGUCGCUUGUCUGCGCUGGUCUUGGCGUCGCCGAAGAGGAAGAAACCGGCAACCGCAUCGGCUACUCCAAGGGCGACAACUGCCUAGAUAAUCUAAGGGAUUUGCUGAGAUUUUUAAGGCGUGAUGAUCCACAAACGCGAGAAGUGUUUAAGGAAGUAUGCAAAUGGAAGAUCGUGUCCAAGGAUUUGAUUCCGAUUAUUCAAUUUUGCCGAGAUGAGCGUAACUUGGUCUUAAAUGCAGUGAAGGUGUUGGUGUUUCUUACUAUGCCAAUUGAGCCUUCAUCAGUUGAUAUCCCUCAGCAGAUAGAGUACCUAUGGGACUUGAAGUCUGCGAUCACAAGUAGUGACACUGUUGGAGUGAUUGUUUCGCUGCUUGAAGGCCCGCUUGAAAAUUUGGAAUGUGAAUCAUUCACUGAGGAUGACUGGAAAUUGGUUCAGCUGGUACUCACACUAUUUCGAAACGUUCUUGCCAUCCAAGACAUUUCAUUGCCACAGAAAGUUGGGGGAUCUGCUUGCCAUCUUUUGUCACUAAGAGAUAGAUUUCUGGAACUUCUGUUCCGUGAGAAUGUAAUGGACCUAAUUCUAAUUAUAACUCAGCAUGUUCGUGUUUCUCACGGUUAUCUUCGUCAGGAUAACUUGCUUUUGUUAGAGAUAUUCCAUUACAUUUUUUUGGGUCAAGAGCCAGAGUUGAUUGCCAAAGCACACCAAAAUGAUUUCCAGGUGAGCGGAGACACGAAGGCUUCUCUUGAUAGUCUUAAGUCGAUUAUGGAAGAGGAAGAAGAGAAAAGAAAGCUUUCCAGAAAUGUUGCACGUCAUUCACAAUUUAGUGGAACAUUUACAAGGCUUACUAUGGAUGGUUCUAAAGCAGUAUGCAAAGGAAACCCUAGAUCUGCUUCUCAGAAUAUCCUGCCCAAACCUCAUAAAAUUCAAAGGAGUUCGACUAAAAAGAUUGUGUGGGAUUAUGGGAGAUUUCCUUCAAUGAAGGAUAACAUUUUGGUGUUGCUGCAUGAUUUUCUGAACCAGUUCUUAUCAGGAGGUUACAAUGUUCUGAUGCAGACAAUUUGUGAGGACAUUGAAAAGGAGCAUCAUGCAAUCCAGAAGAGUGACAUUGUUGUUUUCUUCCAGGUUGCUCAGUUUGUUACUUCUUUCCAAUAUCACAAGUUUUUGACUUACGAGCCGAACAUGGAAAGGGACAAUUCUCACAGCUUGUCCAAUGAACUCGCUGAUAGCACAAUAUUCAAGGGCGAUAUUUGUGGACCAAUUGCAGCAACAAUGAGCGAAUCAAUGUUUCUAAUUGUCAUUUCAAGGUGGCGCAAUGCCUUUGAUGGCUUGAAGGAAACAAACGACUAUAAAUUUCUAUCAGCGGCGGGCUCACUUAUGAAAAUUAUGAUCCGCAUUUUAGACUUGGUUCUUAAGUUAUUGCCUGAAGAUUCUAGGGAGCCUCAAACAGCUCGCAUCCUGCUUUACAAGUUAUUCUAUGAUCAAACUGAUCUAGGAAUGACCCAGUUCCUUUUGGGCCUGAUCAAAUCAUUUAACAUUCACAAACAAUCCAAAAGUGAUCUUGCAGAUUUGGUGGAAACUAUUCAUGUAAUUGUAAGACUGAUGGAGAAUCUCCAAUCUCGUGGCACAUUAAGGGUUUCGAAGAAAUCAAGGAAGGUUAGAAAGAAGAAAGUGUUGAGUGACAAGAUGGAAACUAAAAAUGAAAUGUCUCGAGAUGAAGUCACCAAUCAGGAUCUGAACCUUUCUUCUAAUACUGAAGAACCAGCUGAUUUGAGCACAUUGCAAGAGAAAAGCCAAGGAAACGUGACUUCUGAUAAUCAAGAAAACAUCUGCAAUGCUAUUCAGGUUGAUAAGCCUGAAAUAGUUUCACCAGAGAUGGCGAAUCUGCCUCCAGUGGGUAACAGAAAGAGUGAUCACAAGGAUUAUAAUCUUUCUUGCAGCUCUGAUGAUUCUUCUGGUGAUGAGCUGCCUGCUGCAAAUUAUGAAGUUGACUUUAAGGUAUCUACCUUCGUAUCAGCUUUCGCAAACCACAACAUCAUUCAGAAUUUGUGCUGGUUGCUUCGGUUCUACAAGAGUAAUUCCAUCAGUACAAAUCACUACAUCAUAUGCAUGUUGCAGAAAAUCACUGAUGACCUGGAUCUUUCUCCAAUGCUUUAUCAGUUAUCACUACUCACAACAUUUUAUGACAUUCUGGAUGAGCAAAAGACACGUCCGUGCAAGGAAUAUGCAAAUAUUGUUAAUUUCCUGGCAAGUUUCAUUAGAAGAAUGUUAAGAAAAAUGAAAAGUCAACCGCUUCUAUUUGUGGAAGUUCUCUUUUGGAAGUCCCGCAAAGAGUGCCAUUACAUUAAUGCUGAAUACUUGUUACAUGAGCUUGGCCAUAUAAGGAAGGAAACUAGUAGUUGGGGAGUCUUUGAAAAGGGAGAAAUUGGGUCUUCACAGGCAAAAGGAUGGGUUCCAAGAAACAUAGCAGAUGCAUUGGGUGAGGAUGAAGCAGAUGUUGUGAUCUCGCACGAGCCAUAUCAGAAGUUGAAAGAAAAUUUUGGUGAAGUGCGGAGAGACAUCUCACCUAAUUCAAAGAGCAGCGACGAUGGGAAAGGAAAUUCUGAGUAUGCAGAAAAUACCAUGGAACAUGAAACUGAAGGGAUUUCCAAAAGAAAGAGGAGAUUUGUUCUCACUGAUGAGUUGGAAAUGCAAAUAAGAGAUCUCUAUGAGAAAUUCAAGGACGAUGGGAACUGUAGCCGUCUGAUUGCAGAAUCUCUAGAUCCCACUUGUCAUAUUUCACCUGCACAAGUUUUCAACAAGCUCAAGCAACUAGGAUUAAAAGUGGCAUCAAAGAGAAGGAUGAGAGGUGUUGAUAAAACAUCUUCUAUUUCUAAUCAACCUGGGGAGAAAGGAAGGACAACAGAAAAAGAAAGUGAUCUUCGCAACUCAAUUGAUUUUGAAGGGACCAUGCCGAGGCAAGCUUUGGCCACCAGGAAAAGAGUGCGUGCCUUUGACAAAGAUCAGGAGGAAAUGAUUAGAGCUUUAUUUGAGCAGUUCAAAGAGCAUAAAAGAUGCAGUUAUAUGAUUGCAAAUGCAAUGCCUGCUGGUAAUUCUUUCACAGCUGCACAAAUUUCUCAAAAACUCAAGCAACUUGGCUUGCGUCUUCCUCAGCAAGAGAGGUCUGAGGCAAAAUUGCAUCUAAUAGAUGAUGAACCGAGUAGCCUUUCAACUGGAGGACAUGAUUCUGAUGACGAAACAUUGUUAUCAUUGAGGAGGAAUAGGAGUAGAAACAAGGAUGGUGGCAGAUUUUUAAAUGAGUCGUCUACACGGAACAGAGAAAAGUUUUCUGAUGAUUCUGAUGAUGAAUUCCUAAGUUCUAUUCUCAAGCACAAAAGCAAGGAUGGUGAUAGAUUGUUUGGGGAGGCACAGAGUACAGAGGCAGGGUUACCUGAUGACGAAAUUUUGGCCUCUGCUCUUAAUAAAACACGAAAGCCAAAAGCAAAAAGGAGAAAGCUCACUACAACUUCUGUUGAGAGGAAAGUAACUGAUGAAAACUUGGGCGAUGGAGAUUCUAAAGAUGUUGCACAAAGGGAUGAAGAAGGGAUUCACGAGGAUGAUGCUCUCAACAUUAAUCAGAAAGAUGCUUCAGAACCUGAAGCAAUUGGCAGUGUCAGUAGAAGUCCAGUUGUUUCGGUAGUCAAUGACAAGGAUGAUUUAGCAGAUCGACAAAUGGAUGAUGACGAUCAUGCUGAUUCUGGCUCGUCAAUAAAAACUGCCCAACUUAGGAGGAAGUUGAGGAUGGUAGUCGACUUUGAUGAUGAUGAUUAAGAUGUUACAAUGGGGAAUUGGUUAUUUUUAGUUUGUUGUGAUAGGCGUUUUGCGUACUUGCAUAGUAUGAUCAUUUGCUAUGGUAAUCUUUCAACCCCUCUCCCUUUUUCCUGGCAGCAUGUCUGUUAAUAUUUUGUAUAUAUAGAAAAUGUAGGCAGUUUAGUGAUCAA